CAUAUGUUUUUGUACUAAAUUGUUUUGGAAACUCAAUAUAAAAAUAUAAAGUCAUUUAGGAUAAUGAAUCUAACUUAAAAAAGGAGAAUCUUUAAUAGAAAAACAUUAUAAACUUGAUUCUUUGAGCAGUUUAAAUCAUUUUAAUUACAUCCCGAUUUGAUCAUUAAAGUUUUAUCUCAACUUAAUGGCAAAGACGUGCGCUGUAGCCAUGCCAUCGGAUUUGAACGAGGAUAUCCGGAAACUCAUAUAUGAGGAACCGCCUCCAGAAGUCAAACUCCCAAUGUAUCACUCAAAAUUCAGCAAGAAGGUUCGAGAAGACGCGAAAAAAGUGAAAAACUGCCACAAAACAUUCGGUUAUGCUGAAGUUCCGCUCGAACCUCCCACCAACUUCCUGAAGAAGAAGACAAGGAUUGUCCAUAGACCAUUAGUAGACAAGCAAAAAUACCCCCAAGAGGCUAAACCUGGCCUUCCACCCAAGCCCAAGUCUGGACGAACCAAAGAGGAAGAAAGAGAGCAGAAGAACUUCCGAAAAGACAAUAUCGUCAGGGUUGUAAGGGCCGUGCCAAAACAGCCUGUACCCCAGGUUAUUGACACAAGAACUGGUCAUGCCCAAAAACUGGAGACUUCAGGACUUCAGCCUAAAUACAUAUAUAGAAAGGGGUAUGGAAAAGUACCUUCAUACUUGCGGCAAAGGUAUCAGCCUACUUAUCAAGAGGAACAGGAAGCCAAGGAGGAAGAGAGAAAGAAGAAACCUCCACUGAAGUAUGUCACAGAAGAGGAGCGGGAGGAAAUGCUGAUAGGGCUGAAGAAGAACUGGGAGCUGCUUCAAAAGGAGUUCCAGUUGUUGCCGAUGGUGACGGACACGGUACCCAAGAUCAAGCGGAAGACUCAGCUCGAGAAGAGACUCAAAGAGCUGGAGAAAGACAUUGACCUGAUUGAGCGUAACCCAGUAAUCUACGUGGCGUGUGAUAAUGACCGAGACAGUCCCCGUGAUAGCCUCAAGUGUAGCUGAGCUGGUUGGAAGUUCGGAGCUUGUAACAUUUAAAUGAUUUAAAAUAAAAAUAUAUUGUUUAUUUAAA